UAGUAAUUAUAAAAGAAUAUUAUCUGUUUAACAUAUUUGUCUACAUAUUUUACAACACGUAUACAUAUAUAACUUUUAAUUAAAAACACUGUGAGCUAUGGGACUACAGAUUACGCAUACGCCGGAUUUUGUUAUGAAGUGGUUCCUGUUCUUUGUGCUGGCAAUUGGCCUGGGUUUAUGUUCUUCCACGGCCAACUCGGUAUCCGGUUAUAAUUACUAUCGUUUGCCGACUGCUUUAAAGCCCCAAAAGUACUACUUGCGUAUCCUGACACUGCUGGAAAAUCCAGAGGAACUUCGAUUUGCCGGGACUGUGAAAAUCGUAAUUGAAGCCCUGGAAAAUUCCAGGAACAUAACGUUGCACUCGAAGAAUCUGACCAUUGAUAAGUCCCAGAUAACUCUUCGCAAAAUUAGCGGAGAGGGAAAUACGGAUAACUGUGUGUCCUCCACAUCGGUCAAUCCCAUCCACGACUUCUAUAUCCUUAACACCUGUGAGGAACUUUUGGCUGGAAAUGUUUACAAGCUGAGCGUGCCCUUCUCGGCCGAUUUAAGUCGGCAACUUAUUGGCUACUACCGCAGUUCUUAUAUAGAUCCCGAGGCCAACGUUACGCGUUGGUUGUCAGCCACCCAAUUUGAACCGGCUUCGGCUCGAAAGGCCUUUCCCUGCUUCGAUGAGCCUGCUUACAAGGCAUCCUUCGUGGUCACAUUGGGCUAUCACAAGAAGUUCACAGGCCUUAGCAACAUGCCCGUAAAGGAAACCAAGCCACAUGAAUCCCUUACCGACUACAUGUGGAGCCAUUUCGAAGAGUCAGUGCCAAUGUCCACUUACCUGGUGGCAUAUUCCGUUAACGAUUUUGCCAACAAGCCUUCUACUCUUCCAAAUGGCGCCCUUUUCCGGACUUGGGCCAGGCCCAAUGCCAUCGACCAAUGUGACUUUGCCGCAGAGUUUGGACCCAAAGUACUCCAAUACUAUGAACAGUUCUUCGGCAUCAAGUUCCCUCUCCCCAAGAUCGAUCAGAUGGCAGUUCCCGAUUUCAGUGCUGGCGCUAUGGAGAACUGGGGCCUGGUGAAAUAUAGAGAGUCCACACUUCUCUACUCGGAAACCCACUCUUCUCUGGCAGACAAACAGGACCUUGCGAAUGUAAUAGCUCAUGAGUUGGCCCACCAAUGGUUCGGCAAUCUGGUCACAAUGAAGUGGUGGACCGAUCUGUGGCUAAACGAGGGAUUCGCCACUUAUGUGGCCAGUUUGGGUGUGGAGGACAUCCAUCCGGAAUGGAACUCAAAAGACAGAGGCUCAUUAUCCACUAUGAUGACCACCUUCCGUCUGGACUCUUUAGUUACCAGUCACCCAAUAUCAAGGCCCAUUCAAAUGGUAACGGAGAUAGAGCAGAGCUUUGAUGCAAUCUCGUACCAGAAGGGUUCUUCAGUGCUGCGUAUGAUGCAUUUGUUUAUGGGCGAAGACGCCUUCCGAUCCGGACUGAAGUCGUAUCUACAGUUGUACGCCUACAAAAAUGCCGAACAGGAUUAUCUUUGGGCGUCGCUUACUCAAGCUGCGCAUAAAAAUGGAGCAUUGCCCAAAAACUACGAAAUCAAGACAAUUAUGGACUCGUGGACCCUGCAAACCGGUUAUCCCAUCGUCAAUGUAACCCGUAAUUAUACGACAGGAACCGCUAAGCUUAGCCAGGAACGUUAUUUACGGAAUACCGAGAUAUCCCGAGCCAAGUGUGUUGGAUGUUGGUGGAUACCACUGAGCUACACGACCCAGAAUAAAAAGGACUUCAGUAACACGGCGCCCAAGGCCUGGAUGGAGUGCAGCACGACUGGCGAAAGUAUUCCCAAGACCAUCCAAGAUCUGCCUGGACCCGAUCAGUGGGUGAUCUUUAACAACCAGCUGUCGACGCCUUACAAAGUGAAUUACGAUACUCAGAAUUGGAGACUUCUGAUCAAGACUUUGAACAGCGAGGAGUUCCAGAGCAUUCACGUGAUCAAUAGAGCCCAGCUUAUAGACGAUGUCCUGUACUUUGCUUGGACAGGGGAGCAGGACUACGAGACCGCACUGCAGGUGACCGACUAUCUGCAAAGGGAGCGGGAUCUUCUUCCCUGGACAUCAGCCUUCAACAAUCUCAAGUUGCUAAAUCGCAUUCUUCGACAAACUCCCAACUUUGGUUUCUUUAAACGCUACAUGAAAAAGCUCUUCACUCCAAUUUACGAACACCUGAACGGUAUAAACGACACAUUCGGUUCGAUCCAGCAUCAGGACCAGAUCCUGCUGAAGACGAUGGUGGUCGAAUGGGCGUGCCAGUACCAGGUGUCCGAUUGUGUACCCCGGGCACAGUCCUAUUUCCGAAGGUGGCGAUCUGAGCCUAAUCCCGACGAAAACAACCCGAUUCCGAUCAACUUUCGAAGCUCUGUGUACUGCGCUGCAAUAAAAUAUGGUACUGAUGAGGAUUGGGAUUUCCUCUGGUCGCGGUACAAGAAUUCAAAUGUGGGAACCGAAAAGCAGGUCAUUUUGAGUACUCUUGGUUGCUCGAGAGAAGUUUGGAUAUUGCAGAGUUAUCUGGAGAGGUCCUUUAAUCCCAAAGGAGGCAUUCGCAAGCAGGACUCCGCGCUUUCCUUCCAAUCAGUAGCCUCGCGGGAAGUCGGAGUCCUGUUGGCCAAUAAGUACCUAAUAGACAAUGUGGAUCUUAUCCACAAAUACUAUUAUCCCCAGACAAGGAGCAUGUCGCGAUUUUUCUCGCAACUUUCAGAGCAAGUUAUUACGAAAAGUGACCUGAAUGGGUUCAGAGCCUUCGUUAACAAUUCUCGACAGUACCUGAAGGGCCUUAGUCAGACGAUUCAGCAAAGUUUGGAGAUAAUGCUGACCAAUGUGCAGUGGAUGGAACGAAACUAUCACCAGUUUUCCCGCUCCAUCCAGCAGCACUUAUAGAUUGUUCAGUCACAUUUUCCUCUAAAAACUCUUUUUAAAUAAACAACGUUCUACAGUAUUAUAUGCGUAGAUCAAAAAUA